AUGGCGUCUGUGGUGGGUAUGGGGAGAGCAAGACAGGUCUUCAACCGGAGCGGGAUGUUCAUGCAGGAGCGGGGGAAGAAAGGCCCCAAGGCAGGCCUCGGUGAGUGCACGAGGGUGACUGCAUCCUCUCCGCUCCAUACGUGUUCCCUGCAGGUGAAGCAGAACCUGAUGAACGUCUCCUACCACAUCGCCCAGGACACCAGCAUCAUCGCUGACCUGCGGGCCAAGAUCCAGCGACUCAAGUGCAAGACUGAUGAGCAGACUGGGCGGGGCCAGGCCCGGGACCAGCAGGAUCGGAGUGACAUCCUCUACAUCCAAGCUGAGGUCCAGCUGCACAGCGGGCAGGGUGAGAAGGCCGGCAUGGGACAGCUUCGGGAGCAGCUCGUCAGCGCCUUCCGGGAGCAGAUGGGUGUGUGGAGGCGCCUGUUGGAGCUGGAGAACUGCGCCAUGGAGGUCCAGAUUAACACCUCCCGACACCUGCUCACCACCACCAGCUGGAAGCAUGAGAAGUCCCGCCGGGCCCUCAGAUGGCGGGAGGAGCAGCGGAAGGAGUGCUACGCUAAGGACAACAGUGAGAAGGACUCAGACACACGCGAUGACCAGCCAGACAUCCUGGAGCCGCCUGAGGUGGCCGUAGCCUGGGAGAGCAUUGCAGCCCUGGUGGGCGACCCGAAGCAGCUGCGCGAGCAGAAGCUGGCGCUGGAGCAGCGCUGCCAGGAGCUGCGCGCGCAGAGCCGGCGCCUGAAGGAGAUGUCGCGGUGCAUCGGCUCUGGGGAGCGGCGCGAGAUGCUGUGCUGCGUGCACGAGCUCGAGGUGGAGAACACCCUGAUGCGGUUUGAGGCCGUGCGCCGCCGGGAGCAGGACCGCAGUCUCUGCCACAAGAUUUUCCAGGGCCAGCAGCAGAUGAUCGACGACUACAACCUGGCCGUCCCGCAGCGCCUGGAAGAGCUCUACGAUGUGUACCUGCGGGAGCUGGAGGAGGGCAGCCUAGAGCAGGCCACCAUCAUGGACCAAGUGGCCUCCAGGGCCCUGCAGGAGAGCUCCUUGCCCGAAAUUAGCCCAGCAGGAACCUCGCUGACCCCAGAUUAUGACCUGGAGAGUGUGAAGACAUUGAGCUCUGAUGCCCAGUGCCUGCAGAACAGCGCCCUCCCUCCCGUCAGCACAGAGAGCUUUCUCCCCUGGGUGAAGGCCAACCACGUGUUCAAGGCUGGUACUGGGGCCUCGCAGGCAAAAAGCUCUUCUGUGCCUACCCUACCUCCCAUCCAGCUUGGCAGCCUGGUGAUGCAGGAGGCCCCGGCUCAGGACAGCCGGGGCAGCUGGAUCAACUCUUCCCCCGACAGCAGUGAGAACCUGUCGGAGAUCCCUUUGUCCCACAAAGAGAGGAAGGAGAUCCUGACUGGCGCCAAGUGCAUCUCAGUGAAGGCCGCCUGGCACCGCUCGUGGGCCCUGGGCACCGAGGGGCGACACCUGCUGGCGCCCGCGACAGAGCGCAGCAGCCUGUCCCUGCAGUCACUGAGUGAGGGCGACGAUGCGCGGCUGCCCAGCCCCACGCUGCAGCCCAGCCCCACGCUGCAGCAUGCUGCCAGUGAGGAUAAGCUGUCCAGCAGCACGGGCGAGGCCCUGUCGCGGGCAGUCGGGCAUCAUGAGGACGGGCAUCUCUGGCUGCGUGGCCAGAAGAAAAGCCUGGGCAAGAAAAGGGAGGAGUCACUGGAGGCAACUCCAAGGAAGGAGAGGUCCCGAUACUUCAAGAUCACCGGGCAAGGGGUGAGGCGAGGCCUCCCAGCCCUGGACAGAAUGCUGUUGCCAAACCCUAAACAGCCCUGAGGCCAGCCUCGGCCUUGGAAACCAGAAAGCAGCAACAGUGAGACGGGGCUCCUGGCACAGGUGUGGGGCACGGGCAUCCUGGAUGGUUGGGGAGGCGCCGACAGGCACUUCACGUAUUACAACUGGGGAUCUUUUUCUCCCCCCCUCUUUUUAACAAUAAAAUCCCAUUUGGGUCUUGA